GUCGAAGGGGAAUCGUCCGGUUCGUACUAUCCUCCACUUCAGGACGCAGAAGCUGCUCUCUCGCGGCCUGAAACUUGAGAGAGCACAGCUUCAGACUUGGGAGGCGAGAUUGAAGGAGGCCAUGGCGAGUCGAGGAGCAAGAGCUCUGCUCUCUCUUUCCAAGCGCGAACUCAACGGAUCAUCUUCGCUCCUUCGACCGUCGCUGCUGACGCGCGGUCUCUCUUCUUCACCGGAUGAUGCGCCAUCGAACUUCGGAAAUGUUGGCUUCAUAGGCUUGGGAAAUAUGGGAUCCAGAAUGGUGAAGAAUCUUGUUAAAGCUGGAUACAACAUCGCUGUGCAUGAUAUAAAUGGUGAUGCCAUGAAGAUCUUUGCUCGCAUUGGAGUCCCCACAAAGAAAACACCUUUUGAAGUUGCAGAAGAAAGUGAUAUAAUAAUGACAAUGUUGCCGUCAUCUUCCCAUGUAUUUGACGUAUACACUGGACCGAAUGGAUUGCUUCAUGGUGGAAAUCUCCUAAGACCGUGGUUAUUGAUAGAUUCUUCUACUAUUGAUCCCCAAACGUCGAGAAAGAUUUCAGCACUUGUGUCUAACUGUACUUUAAAAGGGAAGAAAGAUGGAUGUGGAGUUCCGAUGAUGCUGGAUGCACCUGUUUCUGGAGGUGUUCUUGCUGCUGAAGCUGGCUCACUCACGUUCAUGGUUGGUGGAUCAGAAGAAGCUUAUCUUGCAGCAAAGUCGUUGCUCCUCUCCAUGGGCAAAAGCACAAUUUAUUGUGGUGGAGCAGGAAAUGGUUCGGCAGCAAAAAUCUGCAACAACUUAGCAAUGGCUGUGAGCAUGCUUGGUGUAUCUGAGGCACUUGCUCUUGGUCAGUCUUUGGGAAUUGCUGCAAGUGUUUUGACAAGAGUAUUCAACUCUUCAAGUGCUCGAUGUUGGAGUAGUGAUACUUAUAAUCCAGUUCCUGGAGUGAUGGAAGGUGUUCCAUCUUCAAGAAACUAUGAAGGUGGAUUUGCAACUAAGCUGAUGGCUAAAGAUUUAAACCUUGCCGCAUCAUCAGCUGAUGAGGUCGGUGUCAAUUGCCCAUUGACAUUCCAAGCGCAAGAAAUAUACUCGGGGCUAUGCAAAGAUGGACACGAAAGCAAGGACUUCUCUUGCGUUUUCCGCCACUAUUAUUCCGGCAUCAAUGAGCAUAAGGGUAGUUAGUGACGUUGUUAAUUGCAAUAUCAAUGCUCAAAAUGUUGAGAGUCUUAAGACUUUUUAUGAUGUCUUUUAGCAUCCAUAGAGUUUUUCAG